AUGUCUCGUUCUCCAGAUCUCUCAUCGAUAUUUGUCCUCUCGUUCACCUCCAGCGACGCGCACGCCCCGGACCAGGCCAUCAAGUCUGUUGCUCACGCUGCGGCCAGCGCGCCCGGCACUAUUGCCACCUAUGCCGGGCUGCAGGUCGAACCCGGCCCCCACGGUGCGAAGAUCCUGUGGUUGGUAGUCGAGUCGACGGCUUGGCAUCAAAAUACCCCCGGCUCUAUUCCCGAGCCCGUCGCCGACGUCCUUCGAAAGAUUGCCGACCCGGCCAACGCCAAGGUGUAUCAUAUCCCGUUCCCGUCCAUUGCUCUACCGGCGACGACGGGGCCGCGCCCGUCAUUCGACUCUCCUGUUUGUGAAGUCGCAACUGUACGCCUUAGAAGACCCGAAAACCGCCAAGGGUUGGCAAAAAUAUGGGACAUGUUCUAUGGGUCUGAAGGAGCGCAAGGGGCGGUCGGUAUUACGCGUGAAGAUGACCAACUCUAUUUUGCCGUUAGGGGUUACGCCAGCGUCGAGGCCCACCUGCAACUGAUCGCCGACACUCCAAUCUAUGCGACCCUUGUUGGCGAGGUCAACGAUUUGGCGGAAACCUCGGUCGUACAUGUAGCGUUCCAGAUGUAUUGA